AUGUUUGAUACUAUUUUUAUGAUCAUUGUCCCUUUUAUACUCGUCGCGCGAAGCCAAUUAGAUUAUGUGAAGCCAAUUCGUAGUAGCGAUCAUGCUUCUAAAAGCAAGCGUCAAAUGAUUACAUGCUGUUUUUCGGUUCUUUGGCCCAUUUUUACUCGUUGCGCGAAGCCAAUUCGAUUAUGUGAAGCCAAUUCGUCCCAGCUGUCUAUGUCUGCCAAAAACAUCCAAGAAUUUAAACUAAUGGACGAAUGGAUUCAGCUAUUCUGUAAAGCUACAUCAUCCAAAGUCAACACUGACAAAUGUAAUCACCACGAGGUAAAGAACAAUCGAGUUGCAAAGGUUUCAUUUGCCCAAUCAUGGAUGGACCAACUCAUCCAAGACAAACCAAACGACUUUGUCCGUCUCUGCCGCAGCCAGUGGGAGAAGCUCACCCAACCCUACGACGUCAGCAGAGAGGCUGUUCCCAAGCCAGCAAUGGAACCAGACAAAAGAGGAAGAGUACCUCUCAAGCAAGUGUACCUCCAAAGGCUGACCAUAGCCAACGAAAAGUGGAAUGUGUACGACCCGACCCCAGGCCAAAAGAUCUUAGCAACCGAUGACAGAGUAUUUAAACUUUUUCUUAUUUGUAAUACAAAUAUUUCUAUAGCAAUGUUAUCUGCAGCAGUAGGUAGAUCUGUUUUAAAUCGUGUUGCAAAUGUCAACCGAUUGAGAUCAACCUCUUCAAAUUUGGUUUCAGGUUGUUUAACCUCUUACAACAACAACAACAACAAUGAUAGUAGUAGUAACAAGUGCUAUUAUAAUGUACCAAAGAAUAAUAAUAGUAAUAAUCAGUAUUGUCGUCAAUUUAGUAAUACAUCAAUCACUAGAUCAUCUGAACCAAUAACAAAACCAUCAUCAACAACAAGAUCAAGAGGAAAAGAAAGAGAAAGAAAUGAAUUAAAAAAAGGUGAUAGAUUACAUGGAUAUGUUGUUUUAGAGGUUAGAGAUGUACCAGAGCGACAAUUUAGAACCUAUACAUUGGAACAUGAAAAGACAGGAGCCAAACACUUGCACAUUGAUUGUGAAGACAAGAAUAAUAUCUUUUCAGUGACUUUUAGAACGACACCGAUGGAUUCGACUGGUGUCGCUCACAUUCUCGAGCACACUACACUGUGUGGAUCUAAAAAGUAUCCAGUUCGUGACCCAUUCUUUAACAUGCUCAAACGUUCACUCAACACUUAUAUGAAUGCAUGGACUGCACCAGACCACACAUCCUACCCAUUUGGUACACAAGACGAGACAGACUAUUACAACUUGCUCGGAGUCUAUCUCGAUGCAACCUUUUUCCCCAAUCUUGCCGAACACGAUUUCCGCCAAGAAGGACAUCGUCUAGAGUUUGAAAAAAACGACGAUCCAUCAACACCACUACAAUACAAGGGAAUUGUAUUCAACGAAAUGAAGGGAGCACUCUCUGACCCAUCAUCCUACUUUGCCGAAAUUCAACAACAACUCUUGUACCCCGGUACCACCUAUUCUCACAAUUCAGGUGGUGAACCAAAGGAUAUCCCAACACUCUCCUACGAGCAAUUAAAAGAUUUCCAUCAAAAACAUUAUCAUCCUUCCAAUUCUCAUUUCUUUACCUAUGGUGAUUUACCUCUUGAAAAUCAUCUAAAAUAUAUUCAAGAAAAUGUUCUCUAUCAAUUCGAUCGUACUGAUGUUAGUAGUACUGCUAUUACAAAUGUUAAACGUUGGUCUGAACCAAAAUCAAUUAAAACUACUUGUCCUCCUUCAACUAUGGAAACUGAUAGAAAAUAUAAAUUUAGUUUAUCAGUAUUACAUAAUAAUAAUUCAGAUAUUUAUGAAUCAUUGGUAUUAAAUAUCCUUAGUACAUUAUUACUUAGAGGUACAAGUACACCAAUGUAUCAAUCAUUAUUACAAUCUGGAUUGGCAUUGGAUUAUACACCAGGAACAGGAUUUGAAGAAGGUUUAUUUGAAAGUGCAUUUUCAGUUGGUGGUGUUGGUAUUCGUGAACAAGAUGUUGCAAAAGUUCAAGAAACCAUACUAGAGACAAUGGCCAAAGUUGAAAAAGAAGGAUUUGAUGAAAAGAAUAUUGAAUCUGUACUUCAUCAAUAUGAAUACUCUCAAAAGGAUGUUAGCGCUUCAUUUGGUAUAAAGUUGGCUGGUGUCGUUCAUUCCCUACUCGUUCACAAUUUAGAUCCUGUUGAACGUCUUCAUCUUAAUCAAUACGUUGAACGUUUCCGUCAACAAGUAUUGAUUGAAAAGAAACCAAUUCUUCAACAAAAGAUUCGUGAAAUUUUAGAUAAUCCCCAUCGUCUAAAUUUAACAAUGGUCUCUGAUGAUUCUCUACAACAAAAAGAAAAACAAGAUGAAAUUGAAAAAUUAGCCAAAAUCAAUUCAAAAUUAUCGAUCGAGGAAAAGAAAAAGAUUGUAGAACAAGCUUUAGAUUUACAAUCACGUCAAAAUCUUGCUCAAGAUGUUUCAUGUCUACCUAGAAUCUUAAUUUCAGAUAUUGAAAAAAAACAAGAAAAGAUUCCAUUUAUUGAUCAAUUUGUUAGAGAUACACCAUUACGUCUAUUGGAUCUUCCAACAAAUGGUAUCACAUAUUUUAGAUCAAUCAUUGAUAUUUCAACAAUGCCUGAUAAUCUUAAAAUUUAUUUACCAUUCUACUCUAAUUUAAUGACAUCAAUGGGAGCAGGAAAAUUUGAUGAUAAGCAAUUAGAUACAGAGAUGAAUUUAUAUACAGGUAGAUUUGGAUCAUCACCAAUGAUAUCAACUAGUCCAUUUGAUUUAAAUGUGGUUGGAGAAAGUUUAUAUAUUCGUAGUGCAUGUUUAAACAAAAAUAUUGAAAAAAUGUUUGACUUGUGGAAUAUGAUUCUAUUGGAUAAUCAUUGGGAGAAUCCAGAUCUAAUCAAGAUUUUAAUGGGUCAAAUUCAAUCUUCAAUUGUUGAAAAUAUUCCAUCAUCUGGUUUAUCUUAUGCUAGUCUGACUAGUGCUUCCAAUUUUACACGUGCAACUCAUCUUUCUGAACAAUGGAGUGGUUUAUCUCAUGUUGCAUUGGUUAAUCAAUUGGUCUCUUCCCAUGACUAUCAAGGAUUAAUCGAAAAACUUUUAGCAAUUAACCAGUUUAUUACCGAUCGUUCAUUAAUGCGUAGUUGUAUUACAACUGAAAAGGAUACUAUACCAUUGGCAACUGAAAAAUUAUCUCAUUUCCUCGGUCAUUUCCAAUCGCGUAAUACAAUGAAAACAAAUACCAAUCAAUUUGAUAGUAUUGUUGCUCAAAAUGCCAUACCAAAAUAUUUUGGUAUACCAAGUGCAGUCAAUUAUAUUUCAAAGGCAUAUCAAGGUGUUGCUUAUACUCAUCAAGAUUCUGCAAGAUUACAAGUACUAAGCAAGGUACUUGGUGAAUACCUUCACAAGGAAAUUAGAGAAAAAGGAGGUGCCUAUGGUGGAGGUGUAUCCUAUGACAGCGGUGUCAUUGGUUUUUACUCUUAUCGUGAUCCAAACCUUCAACGUACCAUCGACGCUUUUGGACAAUCCAUUCAAUGGUCAGUCUCUGACAAGAUCACCACUGAAAAUAUCGAAAACGCCCAACUAUCAAUCUUUUCCGCUUUCGAUGCUCCAGAAUCACCCUCUUCCAAGGGUCUAGGUGAAUGGAGUAGAGGUAUCACUCACGAAAUGAAACAACAACGUCGUGAUCGUCUAUUCAACAUUGAUAAACAACAAUUGGAACAAGUUGCUGAAAAAUAUCUUAUCAAUCAAACAAAUUAUACAACUAUUCUGGGUAAACAAGAUCAAGAAAUUAAAAAUGAAAAAAAUUUUAAUUAUAAAGAUAUUUAA